GCGAGUUGGUUCACUCAGCGCCGCCAGCGCCGCGCUCCCGGCCGCCGUCCGCGGGCAGGGGGCGCCGGGGGCAGGGGAGCGGCGGGGGGCGCAGAUACGUUUUAGGAAAAAAUACGCGGGCCGAGCCGCAGACCGGCGCGGAGCGAGGAUUUCUGCCUGCCCUCCUCCUCGCCCUCUCCUGCCGCCAGCCCGCUGCGCAGCGUGCGGAAGUACUGUUGUGCUGAGGAAGAAGACAGCUCCUUGCUCCUAUUUUUUAUUUUUCUCUUUGCCUGAAUUAGAAGCUCCAGGAAUGUGCUAAUUGGCGGCGGCCUCUUCAGAAAGGAAAAUGGAUCUUGUUAUGUGAGGGCGUUGAAACAGUCAUCAGCUACUGAGAGGAAGAAAGACACGUGUGGAAUAUUCAGCCCUGAAGUUUAAUAGUAGCACCAAAAUCUUUUGUUCUCUGGAUCCAGUCAUGUACCCUGAGUUAAGGGAGUAGCACAUAGAAAAGAUCACACAGGAAGCGUAGAGCAGAGAGCUGCUCCUGGAUCUCCUUUCCCAUAUGAUAAAAUCGUGACUAGCGGACACGUAGAUGGAUGUUGAAUUGAGGGAUUUUAAUGGCUUUCAGGUAGAAGCCCAGUGGAGACAAUCAAAAUGAACUCUAUGGACAGGCACAUACAGCAGACCAAUGACCGGCUGCAGUGCAUAAAACAGCACUUACAGAACCCUGCGAACUUCCAUAAUGCAGCUACAGAGCUCCUGGACUGGUGUGGGGACCCCAGAGCCUUCCAGAGACCGUUUGAGCAGAGCCUGAUGGGCUGUUUGACGGUGGUUAGUCGAGUGGCAGCUCAGCAAGGAUUUGACUUGGAUCUUGGAUACAGGCUACUGGCAGUAUGUGCAGCCAACAGGGACAAAUUCACUCCAAAAUCAGCUGCACUGCUGUCAUCGUGGUGUGAGGAGCUGGGACGGCUCUUGCUGCUUCGCCACCAGAAAAGCCGGCAGAACGAUCCUCCAGGGAAGCUACCCAUGCAACCCCCCAUGAACUCUAUGAGCUCCAUGAAACCCACCCUCUCUCACAGUGAUGGGUCUUUCCCUUAUGAUUCUGUUCCUUGGCAGCAAAAUACCAACCAGCCACCAGGUUCUUUAUCAGUGGUCACCACAGUAUGGGGUGUGACUAAUACCUCUCAAAGCCAGGUGCUGGGAAAUCCAAUGGCAAAUGCUAACAACCCUAUGAACCCAGCAGGAAAUCCCAUGGCUUCCGGGAUGACUACCAGCAACCCUGGAAUCAAUUCCCCUCAGUUUGCUGGACAGCAGCAACAAUUUUCAGCCAAGGCAGGCUCAACUCAACCAUAUAUACAGCAGGGCAUGUAUGGGCGACCCAAUUACCCUGGAAGUGGAGGUUUUGGUGGGAGUUACCCUGGAGGCCCAAAUACCCCUGCAGGAAUGGGGAUCCCGCCACAUACGAGGCCACCGGCAGAUUUCACCCAGCCAGCUGCUGCAGCCGCUGCUGCUGCAGUUGCAGCUGCAGCUGCUACAGCUACAGCUACAGCUACAGCCACCGUGGCAGCCCUUCAGGAGACACAGAACAAGGACAUGAACCAGUAUGGACCGGUUUGUUCCUCUUUCCAGAUGGGUCCAACUCAGGCUUACAACAACCAGUUUAUGAACCAGCCUGGUCCUCGUGGCCCUGCUUCUAUGCCAGGCAACAUGAACCCAGCAAGCAUGGGAGCAGGAAUGACGCCUUCCAGUAUGAGUGGGCCACCUAUGGGCAUGAACCAGCCAAGGCCACCUGGAAUGAGUCCCUUCAGCACUCAUGGGCAGCGGAUGCCUCAGCAAGCCUAUCCGGGCCCGCGGCCUCAAUCCUUGCCUAUACAGGGCAUAAAGAGACCGUACCCAGGAGAGCCAAAUUAUGGAAACCAGCAGUAUGGACCAAAUAGCCAGUUUCCAAACCAGCCUGGUCAGUAUCCUACUCCCAACCCUCCAAGACCCCUUACAUCUCCCAGCUAUCCUGGACAGAGGAUGCCAAGCCAGCAAAACACAGGGCAAUACCCUCCACCAACGGUCAACAUGGGGCAGUAUUACAAGCCAUCAAGGCCUGUACCUGUGGCAAAUUACCCUCAUUCACCUGUUCCAGGAAACCCCACGCCACCUAUGACUCCAGGGAGCAAUAUUCCUCCAUAUCUGUCACCUAACCAGGAUGUCAAACCACCAUUCCCACCUGACAUUAAGCCAAAUAUCAAUGCUUUACCACCACCUCCAAAUGCUAAAGGGAAAGUUCACGCUUUCUCUCCCUCUUCGAUCCCAGCCAACCACAAUGAUGAGCUGCGUCUGACGUUUCCCGUGAGAGAUGGUGUUGUAUUAGAGCCCUUCCGGCUGGAGCACAACCUGGCAGUCAGUAACCAUGUCUUUCACUUACGGCCAACUGUUCAUCAAACACUGAUGUGGAGGUCUGACUUGGAACUACAGUUCAAGUGCUAUCACCAUGAAGAUAGACAAAUGAACACAAACUGGCCAGCUUCAGUCCAGGUCAGCGUUAAUGCAACCCCACUUACCAUCGAACGUGGUGACAACAAGACAUCUCAUAAACCUCUGCACCUAAAGCAUGUCUGCCAGCCAGGAAGAAACACGAUUCAAAUUACAGUCACAGCAUGUUGUUGUUCACACUUGUUCGUGUUGCAGUUAGUACACCGGCCAUCAGUUCGUUCCGUACUUCAAGGUCUACUAAAAAAACGCCUCCUCCCAGCAGAACAUUGUAUCACAAAGAUAAAGAGGAACUUCAGCAGUGUGGCAGCUUCCUCAGGCAAUGCGACACUAAAUGGGGAGGAUGGAGUAGAGCAGACUGCUAUUAAAGUGUCUCUGAAAUGUCCGAUCACAUUCCGGCGGAUUCAGCUCCCAGCAAGGGGUCAUGAUUGCAAGCACGUGCAGUGCUUUGAUCUGGAAUCUUACUUGCAACUGAACUGCGAAAGAGGAACUUGGAGGUGUCCAGUAUGCAAUAAAACUGCUCUGCUGGAGGGCUUGGAGGUUGACCAGUAUAUGUGGGGUAUUUUGAAUGCUAUACAAAACUCGGAGUUUGAAGAAGUUACCAUUGAUCCAACUUGCAGUUGGAGGCCAGUUCCUAUAAAGUCAGACAUUCACAUCAAAGAUGACCCCGAUGGCAUUCCCUCUAAAAGAUUUAAAACCAUGAGUCCAAGCCAGAUGAUCAUGCCAAAUGUGAUGGAGAUGAUUGCAGCUUUGGGUCCUGGCCCUUCACCCUACCCAUCCCUCCCACCUCCUCCAGGAGGCAACAACUCCACUGACUAUGGUAACCAAGGCAACAGUUACCAAGGUCAUGGCAAUUUUGAUUUUCCGCAUGGGAAUCCUGGUGGAACGUCUAUGAAUGACUUCAUGCAUGGGCCACAGCUGUCACAUCCCCCAGACAUGCCCAGCAGCAUGGCAGCUCUUGACAAACCUCUCAGUCACCCCAUGCAGGAAUCUAUCCCUCAUCCUGGCAGCACUGAUCAGUCCCAUAGUUCCAUGCAGCAAGGUUUGCACGUCCCUCACCCCAGCAGCCAGUCAGGGCAGCCAUUACAUCACAGCGGGCCUCCUGCACAGCAGCCCCGGCCGCCGCCCCCGGCCGCUUCUAGCAACCAUCCACACAGUGACCUGACCUUUAAUCCCUCCUCAGCCUUAGAGGGUCAGGCUGGUGGACAGGGAGCGCCUGACAUGCCGGAGCCCUCGCUGGAUCUGCUUCCAGAACUCACAAAUCCAGAUGAGCUGCUUUCAUACCUGGAUCCUCCUGAUUUGCCAAGCAAUAGCAAUGAUGACCUUCUGUCUCUCUUUGAGAACAACUGAAACCAUAUGUAUUCCCCCAUCCCUUUCACUUGUUCACACGUGUGUGGCUGCACAGCGAGGAAUCUUAACACUCCUUUUCCACAAAAGAAGAAAAAAAAAAACUCACAACUUGAUCCGAUGGUGCACUCCCUGCUUUCUUCAUCUCAGAACUGCUUUUGUCAGCUUCACAGACUAUGAAAGUGACGGGAGAAAAAAAUACACAAAAAAAAAAUGCAGUAAUCUCAGCGUCUGCCCUGCUACGUGUCACCAUGAAGCAUAGACAAUUGUGCAGCUAUUGGAAACCCCAUUUGUUGUUCAUCCUAUAGAGA